CAAAACACGGCCAUCAAACGCAGCAUGUGUCGAUGCGAAUGACGCAACUAGCUUGCAGUCUAAAACUAGAUCUUGGAGGGGUUGUUGUGUGAUCGAUGUAGAAGCAGCUAUAUAACCCGACUUCACGCCGGCCUUAGUGUGCAGCACGGCCAUCCCCACUCACAUUAUUCACUACCCUCGAAUCAAACAACGAAAUCGCUUCUCCAUCUGUCAACUCCAUCAAUCCAUUAACACCAUUCACCAUGGAUCAGUUAAAGAAGGCACUCAGCGGAAACAAGACCGCCGGUCACUCGCAGCAGCCCGUUGGCCAGAAGGAGGACUUCGGCGACAAGAUCUUCAGCGCAGGCCUGAAGAAGACCGGCCACGGCAACAUCGACCGCAAUACGCAAGAGAAGAUCACCGAUGGCAUUCGCGGGGCCUAUGAGAAGGCCACAGGGAUUACUGGGACGAGGGCAUCUAGCGGGGAGGAUGCGACGGCUGGCGACUCGGUAAUCUCAGGACUGGAAGUCAACGCAGUCUUUGAUGCGGCGGCUGUGGACGACUCGGUGGACACCGCCGUGGAAGCUGACUUUGCUGACUUUGCUGCCGAUGUUGUGGAUGAGACUGGAGAUGAGGACACUUCGGAUGAUAUCGUGGAUGAUACUAAAGAUAUGGAUGCCUCAGAUGAUGUCGUGCAUGAAGCUGCAGAUGAGACGGCGGAUGAGGUCUGCGUUGAUGUAGAUGAGACUGCCGACGAGGUCGUUGAAGAUGAAUUCGAAAGCGGAGUGGAGGACGGUUUCCUUGCUCUACCCGUCGAUUUGGCCAGAGUGGUCGGAGUAGACUUUAUACUCGCUGUCAUGGUCAACUCUAGGACACCAGUAGUACUGUUAAUAAAGUCGCCACCGGUGCUGGAAGAUGCGGUACUGCUUAAUUUGGUGCUGGAAGCUGUAGUACUACUUAGCUCGGUGCUGGAAGACUUCGCACUGGACUCUUUGGUGAUUGGAAUGAUGAGUGCUGUGUUCGAGUUCAGGGUUGGAAUGUCUGCGCGAGAAAUGAAUGUAUAUGCUUGGAAGCAGAGGGUUGGGUGUUCCUCAGGAACUCGGGGCUGGUUCUUGGUGAAAUUGCUAUGUACAGUCUGGGGCUUUCGUCCCGAAAAGAAGUAAAGACAAGAAAGCGCAAAUGGCUUCUUAUAAGACCUCU